GGAUUCACUCUCCCAAACAUCCACAAACUAGCAAAUAUUAUCUUUGUGGUUCACAGCACCUCACAGCCUCCUGGACAUUGAGCUUAGGGCAGCUGGUCAAUAUAGGAAAACACACAGAUACGUGUCCCUCCCACAGGGCGCUGAGAGUUUUGCUCUGCACUGAAGUCAGCCAGUGUUCAGUCAGAGUUUGGUCAUGUCUGGACUGUUGGGUGUUCGCCUGCUGCUGCUGUGGGGCUGCGCCUGCCUCUGGCUGAGCAGCUCAGCCUCAGGAGCUCUGGUCAUCUCCAGGCACGAUGAAGCCAUACAGGAGAGAAGAGGAGCUGCCAGAUCACUGCAGAAAAGAAGUACAAAUGAAGUAAUGGUGGAGGUGCACAGUGUGACAGUGGACUGCACUGUGACCUCUUGUUUUGCCCACACUGUCAUGACCUCCAAGGCGUUCAACAAAGCAAACUCGUCACAGGAAAUCUUUUUUGAAGUGGAGCUGCCCAAGACUGCUUUCAUCACAAACUUCAGCAUGGAAAUUGAGGGUCAGGUGUAUGUCGGAGAGGUGAAGGAGAAGGAGAAAGCUAAGAAACAGUACGAGAAGGCUGUUUCCUCUGGACAGACUGCUGGACUCGUCAAGGCUUCUGGGAGAAAGAUGGAGAAGUUUUCAGUCUCUGUCAAUAUUGCAGCUGAAAGCAACGUGACCUUUGUCCUGACAUAUGAGGAGCUCCUUCAGAGGAAACUGGGCCGAUAUGAGCUUUUGACCAGAGUCAAACCCAAAACACUGGUUCAGGACUUUCAGAUUGUGACAAACAUCUAUGAGCCUCAGGGCAUUUCUUAUGUUGACGCCCAUGCAACCUUCCUCUCGAAUGAGCUGCUCCCUCUGGUGGAGAAAACUGUCACAGACAGAAAG